AUGUCAAAAAAAGCGACACAGGCCAAACAAGAGAAGGCCAUUCUGCACGAGUUCGAAUCGGCAUGUAAAGGUACUUUUUAAUGAUACAUUUUUCAUGUUUUUUCAUAAGGAAGCAAUAUUUUUUUUGUACUUUUGAGGUUCAGUGUUACGUGAUCGGUGGUUAACAGUUAUUCAUACUUUACUGAAAGUUAGAAAACAAUUAUAAUCGGUAGAGGAAUGAAAUAAAAUAAUUUAAGCAAAGUUUCUUGUAUUUAUUUUCCUCGGAUAAUCGUUUUUUCUUGUUAAAUUUGUUACCCGCUUCAAAUUAGUUAAUUUCUCUUUAUCUUUCUUUCUGUAGUUUUUUAGCUGAAUUUUCCCGAUUGAAUAGCGUAAAGGUGUGCAUACAAAACACUGGCUCGUUCGAAUAGCGAUAUUUGAAGAUUUAUCUUGGCUUUUUUUUUGGUUUCGUUUUCAUUUUAGGCUAUUUUUUCAUUCACGAGCUUUGGUUAUACCUUCAAGGGAAAUUUAUCUAUUCAUUAUUUAGUUGUUUUCUGAUUUUACUGAAAGCGGUUUGAAGCUGUUCACCCAUUUUUCUUGUUUUUUAGUGAGCCAUAGCUGAAUAGUUGACAAAAAUUGAUUUUGACUGUGCCAAGUAAGAAAGAUAUUAUUUUCACAAUAAAAAAACCGGGAAUAACGGAAAAUUUAUCAAUUAAUUUUUCUAAUAAGGGAGACUUUUUCAAUAUCUUCUUUCGAUGAUAGAGAUAACUUUUGUCCUAAUCUUUUAAAAAAACUUCCCAAGACCUCUAUAACGCAAACUGGGCGUUUCUGAGCACUCUAGGCAUCACUCAAGAUUUCUUACACUGCUAAAGGGGUUACUAGGAAUGCUCAGAAACGUUCGGUCUGUUACCAAUGCCCGAGUAGCCUGUAAUUCUUCCCGUGAACGUCUCUCGCCAAUUCAUCGGCGAAAACGCUGUAUUUUCCAAAAACUUUCAAACGCGUUCUAUCACAAAAAGUGUGAUAUGUUAUGAGAGAUAUCGCGACGAAGCUUCUUAUACCUUGGAAUCAUCGAGGUGGAGCGAAACGAAUCUUUCUGCUCGAACACAUCUAUCAGCCGGCUUGUGUAUGUGUUGCCGUGCGUGAGCCACUGGUGUGUGUCACUGAAGCUCUCGCCCUGGAUGUAAAGUCUGUUGGGAGCUUCUCCACCUCAGGGUUCCCCCUUCGAAAUCAGCUUCUUCUACCUUUUUCCACCUGUUGUUUAUUGUUUGUUUGGACAGUUAUAACUUCAUUAGCGAAGAAAGAAAAGCUUCAAAUGAACUUAAAAAUUUCUUAGAAGUGUUCGUUCAAGUGCCUCACUGUAUGCCUUGAUUUACCUUUUUGCAGGCUCUUUAUUAACUUUUUGCUUUUUGAUUUUAAAAUUGUUCAUUUUUGAAACGUUUUUCAAAACAAUAAGAGGAUCUCGUAAGUAUUUUUCAAAGCUAUUCCGCGAAAUUGAAGGAGUUGUCAGAGAGCGGAGAAGGUAACUUAUUUUUGAGAAGUCAGAUGCAUUUGAAUUACGCGCAAAUUAUUUUGAAUACGGCAAAAAAUCCCAAUCAUUUAGUUUUUCUGUGAAUAAGCUGAAAAUUCGCACAAUUAUAUACUCCAAAAAUUCAAUUUCAUAGUUUUUUUCGACAACCAAUUUUCGUUCCCUUCCAGACUGACCGAAUUGUGAACUUGCCCAUGUUUAGUCUUGUCCAAACAUACUUGGAAAGACCGCUUUUGGCGGCCGCCCACUCCAGUCAUUUUGAAGAUUCCAGCCUCGCUCUCAUUUUUUUAAAAUUUUUUUAUAAAGAAGUUUCUGAGAUAUAUAUAUUGUGAAAAAAUAUGUGGCUUUAUAACCAAUAUUAGUGUAAAUUGACCGAACUGAAAGCCUGAAAAAAAUUGAAAGAGCUGGCCAACAUAGGAAAGAAGGUAGAAAGAUUUUUAUUUCGGUUCAAAAUUCAUCCAAAUUUCUGAUAGUCUCAUACUUGCUCAUACAUGAUCUUUUUAUUUACGCUAAUGGCAUUUCACUAUUCAUUUUUAUAAAGUCAAUUGCAGGAUUUCGAAAUUUUUCAUAUUUUUUUUUGAUUUUGCUCCUACAAGUUUAUUUUAUUUGAAAGCUUUUUCACACAUUUUCUCAAUCGAAACCGAAUUCCUUAUCUUUCGUUCUCUUUUCUCACCCCUACGCUUGACUAUAUCUUUUUGGAAUCAAUCUUUGGCCAUUCUCUUCUUUUUUUUUGCGUUCUUUUCUUUUUCCGAACAUUUUGUCUCGUGCUACCGCCUCGAAUAGUGCGUGGUUCGCAAUUAAAUGAAUCCCUAGUUGUCGCGGAUACCGAUGUGAAAUGAGCGGCCGCCUGCCCUUGUGCGCCUCGAUCGGCAUCGAUCAGCAAGUCCUUCACAUUCAAGGUUCAGUUUCAAUGAGGGAAAAAGUUAUGCGGAUUCUUCAAAGAGGGUCUAUUAUAUCCCUAGAUUUUAUCGGGUUCCUCUCAGUCUACUUAUUUGAUUUUCCUUCGUAGCAGAGCUAGAAAUCGGUUUCUCUGAAAAUUUGUUUAGAUGGGCUGUCAAUGUUUCAUGAUUAAUUUUUAUGGCUUAGAAUUCUUUGAAUUGUGAUUGCUGCUUGUAGGAUUUUGUAGCGGCUUCAAAGUUUUCGAAAUGAAAACGUUGUAUCUUAACUGAAGAAGCUAUUUGCAAGGUAAUUUAUAGAUGUGAGUUUUAAAAAGAACUUUUUUUUUUUGAAUUGAAGCUUACAGAAUUUUUUCAGAAUAUAUGAUGGAAGUAAAAAUACGUUAAAGUGAAUACUCAUCUAGCAAAAUAAAAAAAAUUGGGCUUUUAUCAAGCUUGAGAACUGAAGAGGAUUAGAAAAUUUUUAAAGUACAAAAUAUUUCACAGUUUUUCAUGCAGGAGAGAGUGUUUCUUUAGAGAGAUUUCGAAAAAGGAUUAUGCAAAUCUUCUGAACAGAUUAACUAGAUCAUACUUGUUGAGGAAACAACUUAAAGUGCCUCAGUGGAGAUAACAAGAUGAAAAAAGGCCGAAUGAUCCAACAAGAUAUGAUACCGAGGCGAGAGCAUCUCCGUUGAUGUUGAAUAAUCGUAUGCAAAGCGAGAAAGAGACCCCGGUGUGUCGUCGUCGUCGUGUUGAUUGAUUGGAGGACCCAUGGCUGUCCAGUCCGUCCAAUACUCAAUAAUUUUCUCUUCUCUUUCAUUAUUUUUGCACUUUCUCCAUAUCCUUCAUCCUUUGUUGCAAAAAGAGCAAAAAUUGAGCUUGCCAAAGCUGUUGCUGGCGGGUUUUCCAUUGUUAUUCGGGUAUAAUCGGGAAGGUUAAACAGCGACGGGGAUACGUGUUAUUGUCAUUUGAUGCGCUAGAUAGAUAGAUUUGAUGACGGGAGGCGUCUAUAGGUUUUGUCGUCGGGUUUAUUUCACCCACCGAACUUCCGGCUAUCGCAUGUUUACAGUAAUAAUCCCGCCUCCUUUUGUACUCUGUACAUUUUUAUUUUUUACUCGUCUUAUGGUUCAUUCAGGGUGGAAAACUCUUUGAAAUUUUCUUUCCAAUUUUUCAGCCAAUAUUUUGAUCUUUUCUUUUUUUUCGGUAGGUCUUUAAUGAAGCUUAGGUUUCUCAAUCAGAAUGUUGUAAGGUAAUUGGAAGUUCCAAGUCUCAAAAAUGUUUCAAGUAUUUUUUGAAUUGACGUUUUGAGCCACAUUUAUGAAGCACUUUCGCGAACUUCCAAGCAUAUGGCCCGAAAAAAAAAGCUCGACUUUCUUCAUAUUCUGCAUUUUUAUUGAUCUUUCGAAGCUUUUUUCUAUUCGUUUUAACAUUUCCUCCUUUAAAGAAUUGUUUCUGUACGAAAAAAAUUAUGAGCAAUUAGUCAUCGGCCGAAAACUUGGACUGAAACGUAGAAAGUCGCGUGAACGGCGCCUGAUGACUCAACGACGACAUCGCCACUGGCCUAUCAUCCUUUUUUGUUUCUCUGAGUGGCCACCAGCGAAAAAAGGAGGAGAAGAAGAGAUUUCGAAGAGAAAACGCGGAAAAAAGUGACCAAAAAGCUGUUGAGAGAAAUACUCUGCGUAAUAGAUGGCCGCCGUGCCGCUCUUAUGUUCGACCUGCCACUUUUUUCUCCUCGAAAUCCCCUUUUUCUGUCUCUUAUUGACCUCUAAAAUGUUUUAUUUCCCUGUCAUUGUUUCAAGUUUUUGGGAAUAGAGAAAGUUUUUGCACGAAAGACUUUUUAGGGAUUUUUUGAGUCCUUAUAACUAGCUCACGUAUGCAUUUUUUAGAAGCUUUUUUGAAAUUCGAAUUUUCUUCUAAAAAUGAGGACUGUGUAAUAUUUUUUCUUUCAAAAAAGGUCGUUUCAGUGUGCAGCUUUUAUAUGUUUUACCCCAAAAACCUCGGUUUGAAUGAAAAUCUGUUUUACCUCAGCAAACUUUUGAUUUUCUAGUUGUGAAUUCUCCGAUUUUUUCAUUUCUUUCGAAGCUCACGUCUGUUAAAAAUGAAAAACUUUGAGCUCUAGUAAAAGUUUCAAACGCCCAAUUUUUUCAAAACAGAACCCAAAUGGUCUAAUAAAUAGAAUGAAGAUUUUUCUGAUCUUUUCUCUUUGUCAUUAUUUAUGACCUAAGUGACGAUCAAUAAUACGUCAAUUUCCGAGCUCAUGUCGCAAAUCGCGGAUAUCAGCCGCCAUUGUGUUUCCUCCGAACCUCAGGCGGCGCAAUAGAUGGAUCAUAUUCAUCACUCGGCUGUUUAUACAUCUUUAUGAGCUAUUCUCCGCACUUUUUCCCUGAUUUUUCGAUAAUUCUCCCCGAGAGUGUUUACCUCUUGUCGAACAUAUCCGAAAGUGCCAUAAGAGCGCAGGUCGCCCUACACGGAAAUCUGAGCGGCUGGCCGAGUGACAAGUAAUUGCGCGCUUUGCAACUCAUCUGCGUCGAACACAAAAGGCGCCAAUGGCUAUGUCCGUGAUUUCAUUACGCGCAACCUCCUUUAUCCCGUCCGCAACGUUUCUGAACGUCCGGCGAAUUCCGUCGUUGACAAGUUUUUUUUUGCACUCCAUUUUGAUAUCAAUCAAACCCGAAUUCCCGUUGUUUUUUAGACAGAGCCAAAUCAAAGGAUGCUGCUUUUUUUUCCGAGAAGUUCUCAAAAAUGGGUAAAAAACUUUACUAGGAAAUUUUUUAAGUAGGAUUAUUAGAAGUAUUCUCAGAUUAGCUUCAAGAGAACAUCUGAACAAGGUUUCUUCCAUUUUUCAAAAUUGAAACAUCAGAAAACUUCUAGUAGGCGUUUUUACAUUUUUUUUUCAACUUGACAUUUUUUACUUGAAAACUUAAAAAAACAUUGUAGGAAAAUUUUAUUCAAAGCUCGCUUUCUGAUUAUCAAUAGAGCGGUAAGCACGUCACAGUUGUUUUUUUCCCAAGCUACAAUCGCCUAAGGCUUUUUCCCUCAGCUAUUUUCCGAUACUCUUAUUAGUCCUAUUCAUAAAUCUUAUACUCCUUUCUAUACUCCUUAUGUCUGCGAUAUGAUCAUGGAAACUUUUUUCACUACAAAAAACGCGAAACCCGUGUUUUCGUGAAUAAAUUAAGGAAUUUGGGUUAUAAAAAUUUUACGGUGUUUCAUUUGGACAUCCUUUCUCGAUUUUAUGAUCCUACCCCUUUUCUUCCAUCUUUACUUUUUUUUUUUUUGGGUACCACUAUCUUUUUGCAAUGCUUUGUUUACAACUCAUUUUUCUUUCAUAAAACCUUUUUUCCUACCGCACAUCUCAAAGCCAAUAUCCGUCGCUGUUUGCCAUUGUUUAAACGCUUUUUUUUCGACGACGAAAACCUUUUCACAAGCCGUCUUUUUCUUCUUUUCAACAUUCGAGAUCCCAGGAAGAAAGAAUCGAGUGGUUUUAUACGAAAAUAUAAUUUCGAUUCCCUUCAAACAAUAAAAAAAUCAUGAAAAUCUUUUUUUUUUGAUAAUGCGCCAAAUGGGAGGAAAUUGAUGUUAUGGAAAUGUCGGCGACGUGCAUCAGUCAUUCGUUUGAUAUUUUGUCUCUCCUAAUCAUCUUUUUUCUUGGUUUUUCUGUUUUCCAGACUUUUUGAAGAUAGUUUGCAGUGUACGAAGAUGUGGUGGGGGUGUCAGAUGAGAGUUUGAAAAAUCCUAUUUUUUUUUUUAAUUUCUCCUUGUUUGAAGCAAUCAAUUUUUCAGAUUGAUAGCCUUCGAGAAACAUAAGAAGAAGUAGCAUAGUAUUUUUUUUUAUUGCUCAAAAGUUAACCCCGAAGCUUCAAAAAUAUGAUUUUGGUCAUUACGAAGAUUUUAUGGUCAUGUAAAAAGCUGACGAAACACUCAUGAAUGGAAUUGUUAAAAAUUAUAUAAUCUUCAUCCUUUUUUUCCGAGAAAGAAAUUUAAGGCUGUUCAAUAUUCGAUUUUUUGAAGAAUUGCAUUUUUCGAGUAGAUCAACUUUCUGUGCAAAGGCAAACCUUCAAUACAAAUUUUGGAAACGAUUUCUCUUAAAAAUAAAAAAGGGACAUCCGAAUGAAAUUUGCACCUUCGUAUUGUCCUUCCCUGGAUGCAGGAAGGAAGCGUUCGACAUGAAGAGACGUCUCAUAUUUUAUCGGAUCUCCGCCCCCUUUCAGUUGUCUCGUCAUUUCCAGCUUGCUUCCCCCCAUCCGAAGCGAUAUUUCGGUGCUCGCGUUCCUCGUUGAUCUCGACGCGUCCAUUCAUUUUGGAGUUUUUUGCCCGGCCAAUUCUCUCCUCUGUCCUCUACAUAUUCCUCUUACUGACCAGCUCUUUUUCUCUGACUUUUGAGUCCGCCGCCGGCUUUUUCCCUCUUUUUUCAAUCUAGAACUUAUCCGCGCAUGUUUCCUUCUUGUUUAAGAGGAAAUGACUUUUUUUUUGCGUGGUAUUUCGUUUUUUGAGAGCUUUGGACUUUUUUGAUGCGUUCAAUCACGAGUUUUUAAUGAGAGAAUUAAAUCUUACUUUUAAAUAUUUUAUCUCUUAACAAGUGAUGUAAUUUAAUUGAUUAAAAUAUUUUAAAAUAAGUAAGAAAAAUUCAAAUUAAAAUAAGUGGAAAAUAAGUAAACUAGUUUAAAAUCGACUCCCGUUAAGUUUCGAUGGAUUUGUACAGAAGCGAACUUUCAUUAAAAUCCCUUUUUUUUUCAUUGUAUGAAGAUUUUUCUCGAAAUUUCACAAUCAAGAACCUUUCAAUAACUAAAACUUUUCUUUUGCAGAAUUCCGCGCCAAAAUGGGCGACCAGCUGAAGUGCUUGGGCGACCGAACGGACGUCCAAGUGGCCAGUCUCAGCGAAUUGCAGGUUUUUCUUCGCUAUUUUUUCCCUGCCAUCCUGGACUUUUUGCAGGAGUUUUUUCGACGCCGCGGGGAGUUGGAAGCGGAACAUGCUGGACGCUUGGAAAAGUUGGCCAAGGGGAUCGCUCAGAAACACAAAACUGAGCGGGGAAGGUUCGCUUUUUUUUUUGCUUUUUUUUUGUCGGAAUCAGGAUGAAUGCAUGGAAGUUUCCUCAUUAAAAAGCAUUAUGGAAGUUCAGGCUUUUUUAAUUCCUUAUUCAGUUCAUCAAUUAGAUGUAAAAAACCCUUUUUCCAAAAAUAUUGCUUUUUCUCAACGUUUAUCCAGCCAACCCUUUGAAUUUUUCCAACUUUACCAGGUUCGAUUUGCCCUUACUCUGAAAAUUUUCUCAUUUUCUGUAAGCCUCCCCUUUUCCACACUCUUUUUUCGAUUAUUUCGUUUUGUCGUCGUGUUUUUUUUUUGUCGAAAUUUUCUGAGACCUUAGGAAAGUUAACUAUUGAUUAAGUGAUGGUAAGAAGGAAUUCUGGGUCCCCGAAUAUUCGUGAGCGUUAAUUGUGCAUACACCAAUCUUGGGGGCUCGAAUCUUUGAAAACGAUUUUUGGGGAUAUUCACCUCUUUUUUGAAUCUUCAUCUUUUUUCUUUCCUUCAUUUUUUUUUCCUUUGUCGUUUUAUUAUGAAGAUGCCGUGUUUCGACCACAAAUGAACACUGUGUGAUUUUUUUCAACUAGCUUUUUAUCAAAUAAUGCGUCUUUCUCGCAUACAUGUAGUCAAAUAUUCGCUGCAGAACGCCUACCACAUUUUCAUUCACUCUGUGUACAUUCUCCAUCAACUUCUAUUUACAAAAAAAAUUGGAAAAACUAUAAAAAAUCAGAAAAGUAAGUGAAUAUUCUCAAGAAUCGUUUUCAAAGAUUCAAAUUUUCAAAGAUUCGAGCCUCCAAGAUUGGUGUAUGCACAAUUAACGCUCACGAAUAUUCGUGGACCCAAAAUUCCUUCCUACCAUCGAUUAAGUAUAACUAUCACUACGAUUUUCACUUAAUUUUUUUUUCUGAAAAUAGAUUCAAAAACUUCUAAAAUAUUAGAGUAAUUCCUCUCAUAGUUCGAGACUUUGGGUAUCGAAAAGAGAUUAUAUAUAAUUUACGAGUGUCGCGGAAUAUGCGCUAAAUUCCAUUGUUGGAGCCCUCAGCUCUCCAUCUUUUGAUUUAUAGCCCGACGUGUUCCGAGCUUAUGAUCGCUCCUUGACUUUUUCCAGAACUGCUAUACUUGGAAAUUUCGAAUCCGUAGUUUCUGAACCUUUAUGGAGGUUAGGUUGAUUUCAAGGAGACAAAAAAUAGAAAAAAAGAGCGUCAGUAUUUUUAGGCAUCCAUUUCGAGACCUAUUUUUCAAUUGCGGUUAUGAUCCUUUAAAGUUCUGCAUGGAUGUCCUAAACCAUGGCACAUUAAAAAAUAUAGGGAAGACAAAAAACUUAUGAAAACUCGUAACGUUCGCCAAUAAAACUAUUUGGAUGAGGCCCGCGUGUGGGUAACCCCGCAAGUGUGGGAACCGCGACACCAUAUGGCAUUUUGGACCAAAGACACACACCGAAAUGCGCCACACGACACCCCGUCGACAAUGUAUUCAACUCCGACCGCGGGCUCCGAAUUUGUUCCCACGUUCCUGGGAACCAUUCCUCUUGAGAAUAGUUAAGCAAUUCUUGAAGUUGCAGUCCGUAUUAAAAUAGAUAUGGCUCCUUUUUGAUGGCUCUGAAAGUUGGAGAAGGAAUGAUAAAGAAUAUUGCUAAAAAAAAUACAAAUAAACUGCAAAAAACGAGCUUGCAGUGCUUAACAAGCAUGUUCGCUCCAAAAAAACAUUUUCUGGGUAACUAGUCACACCCGGACAUCUCUGAGCAUUUCUAGUGAUCCCUUUAGAGACGUCAGCCUUUUAAGUGGCAACUUGAAACGCUCGAAACGACGGCUUUGCGUUACUGACGUCCGAUCAAAUCGUUUAAGAUUUUGAAGCGAGUUUUCACGGUAUCCAGAUUAUUUUUGCUUCAGCUAUACUUGGAUGAUAAGGCUGAAAAAAGUACCAUAUUGAAGGGAAGUGAGAGCAAUGAAUUACUGAAGAGAUUAAAAAUAAGAUCCUUGAUAUAUUAUUCGAAAAAAUCAAUCUACUUGAAACACAGGAGUUUGGAGAUGGCUGGUUUGAGUAAAUAUAUUUUUUAUACACUUCUUCCGAGUUUUUUUAUACACUACUUCCGAAAUAUGACCCAUUUAUCUUCUAUUUUCUCCAGACGAGAGGCUUGGUCGCAACACACCUCCUGUACUGUUUGGCAGACUCUGGUCGAUCAGACGAAAGAUGAGGCGAAGAAAAGAAACGUAGGUCAUUCCUGGUUGUUCAGAUCAUUUUAUCUCUUUGCAGAAUUUGGCCGAACUUUUCAGUAAGAAAAUCACAGCGAGUAUCGAGUCGCGAUGUGAAGAUCUCGUCAAAUUGUCCAAGAGGGUUCGAACUUUAACCUUCGUCUCAAAAAACUUGUUUUUCUUUUUCAGUGUCGUGAAAUCGGCUCAUAUUCACACAAUGAGCUCAACCGGGUACUCAACGAACUUCACACGGCUAUGAAAACCUAUCAGGUGUGUGAAAUUUUAAGUAAAUGCAAAAAUUAAAUUUUUUGCAGCUUUGCUACGCAGAAUAUUCGGGUGUGGAAAGAAAAAAGCGGGCGGCUGAAGAUGAUAAGCGAAGAUAUGAAGAUGCGAAUCCGCAGAGGUUCGAGACAUCCAGGAAACACAAGCAGCUCACGAAAUAUCUGAAAAAGGUUGGUUGUUUUAUCCUGAAAUGAAAAGAGAGAAUUGGCGAGUAUAAUAGACUCCAGAGAAAUGGAGUUUUUCUGUGGCCUCUAAUCAGAUUUUGUUUUUACUAAAGAAUCAAAAAUUGUUGGAAACAAACUGUGCACUGCAGAAAGGCCAGAGAAAUAUUUUUUUAAAAUUUUUCUCUGAUUCUUUUAGUCCGUCGACACUGUUUUUCUUCGGCAUUAUUAAUGAAGUAAGAGAGUAACGCUGUGAUUGAGAGAGAUCAGAGAAAUUGUUUCCUAUAUUUCUUUGACGUCUCUUCUGACCACCGCUACUCUCUGUGCGUUCAUUAUCUCUUCAAAUUUCUUUUCAAUUCUUCUGGAUUUAAAAUGGUUGUUAAAAGUUUUUUGUAUUCUGAAACUACUUGAAGAUGGUCUUAGGGAAAGCUUCUAGAUCUUCCCUUAUUUUUUACCUUUUUAUUUCACCUUUAGUUGAUUUUUGGUAAAAUUUUACUUCGUCUAUGAUUUCAUUUGACUUUCAUCCUUUCUCCGAUAGUUGAAUUCUCUUUUUCGAUUAAAAAAAAAUCUUCUUAAGGAACCUUCUUACGGCCUCUUUGACUCUUUUUGAGUAACAUAUCUAUUUUCAGAGAGAAGAAAAGUACGAAUCAGUACGUGUAAAGUGCACAAAAGCGCGCAACGAAUACCUGCUCUGUGUGAAGGCCGCCAAUGCUGCUCUCCAUAGGUUUUUUUUCUUCAUCUUAACGGAAAAACCAAUAUAUUUCGAUUUUAAGGUUCUUCGCCCAAGAUUUGUCUUAUAUCAUCGAUUGUAUGGACCUUGGAAUGGAUUUCUGGCUCCGGACGAUGCUUGGUAAGAGAUUACUUUUGCCAGAGUUAACUUUAUGGGAACAUUUCGGAUAGAGGUGAUUGGAAGAAUUUUUUAGAUGGAGUGUAAUUUUUAGUGAGUUUUAAUUGAUUAGUUUCAUUUCAAGUUAUGUUGUUUCCAGUAAAUGAGUUUAACGUUUCUGUGACCUCUCAAAAUACUAAUAGUCUCAAUAAACAUGGUUGUUUGAGGAUUAAUCGUUCAAAACAAUGAGAAAGUGUAAAAAUACCAAAGAAAGCGGAGGAAAUGUAAGAAAUAGGAGAAUUUGUGAUUUCUGAAGCUCUUUUUAAAGUUCAUCAGAGUGUUUGAAAAAGCAGAAAACAAAUACCAACUAAGUUUUUAACCAAAAAGUUCCUUUUUGUAUAGUUUUCAAUGGAAACCGCUUUGUGUGGCUUAAAAUACUUGGUGAUUCUAAUUUUGUGAGAAAACCAUACACGGCAUUUUUAAAAACUACCUCUCAGGAGUUCCUAGUUCAUAUUUAAUUCUGAGGCUAAAACUUUUUUUUUGUCAAUACUAGAGAAGAAAACUUCAUGAGUUGAAGAACACUUCAUGAGUUUUAAGAGAAACAAGGUUUACAGCAAAUAAUUUUUUCCAGAACAAGUGAUCGACGAGCGAAAACGAGUGGCCCAUGCCGAAAUGGACGCCUUGGCCGAGUUAGGAACUCUGAGGUCCAGCGUCGAUUCCAAGGCCGACAAACAGCGAUUUUUCGAGGCCAACCACAAUCUUUUCAUGCUCCCCAAGCAGUUUGAAUUCCGGUUUCCCUACUAUCAUCCUGUAUUGAUUAUAACUUUUUUGCUUCAGUCCGCAGCUCGGCGACGACAUUUGCGAGGUCUCGGCUGAGCAGACUUUGUCUCAGGACCUCAUGCAGAGACAGUGGCAGAUCGAGAAACGCCUUGACAACCUCAGAUUUGAAACGGACGAGGUUUUUGCGGUGCUUUGAAAGGAAGAAUGUUUGAUGGGAAUUCAGGUUUGGAAGACCUUGGAAGCCUCGGAGAAGCAGAUCCUGACUCUUUAUUCGAACGGAUCGGAUGAAGACAUGGCCAAGUCGCGGGAAAGUCUUCUCGUCACUUAUCAGUAUUAUAUGAAGGUUCGUUAGGACAUUCUAAGUUGACGAGACCUUAUGAAUCGAACUUUAAGUUUUUUAAGAAGUUCUAAUUUAUUUCUGAAAUUUUAUUUUAUUCCACAUUUUUUUGCCUCGGUGGAACUUCUUUUGUAAUACACUUUUAAUUAUGGUUUUGUUUCAAAAAGAGUUAUAAAUUAAAAUUCUUUAUCAAGGAAUGCUUUUGAGUUGUACCAAGCAUUUCAUUUGGAAAACCGUUUUUUUUUUCAUUUUUUUUUCUUUUUGUAUAACUGCAAGCUUAAGUUAAAAACUUGGAAAGAAAUCGGCCAUUUUGAGUGGAUGCUUUGCACAUGGGUUCUUCAUAAUAACUCAAAACUUCUUUUGCAGAAGUUCGAGGUCUUCCUCCUGAACGGAAACCUGAUAGAACGGCUGGAGGCGAGAAGCCACGCCAUCGGAGAGGCCCUCGAACGGCACGGCCACGACGUGACGAAGGCCAGCGAGCUGCGAGGCCAAUGCAACAACGGCCCCUCGACCAACGGCCUUCUCGGCGGCGCGAAUCCUUCCACGGCGACCCUCUCCAACGACGUCAAACGUCGCGCCAAACGCAUCGGCCGCGUCAUGGGCGACGACAAUCGACCGCGUCCCAAGCUCUUUGGUACGUUUUCUGAAGAACUGAUUUCAGCAGAAAGAUAGGAAAUUAAUAACUUUGAGUUUACUUGACCUAAUUCUCUCAAUUUUGAAGUUUUUUUUUGAAACCUUCCUGAAAAGAUCCAUUUUCUAUCCUUCCAGGAGGAAGCUUGGACGAGUAUGUGGAAGCGACCGGCGAGCCGAUCCCUCUUUUGGUCGUCUCAGCCGUCCGUUAUUUGUCCCGCUUUUCGCUGCGGAACCAAGGGCUUUUCCGUGUCAGCGGCUCUCAGUCGGAGAUUAAUCGGUUCAAGGAUUCUUACGAAAGAGGUUAGUUGUUUCUACAAGCUAUUGAAAAAGCAAAGAAAAAAUCUUCAACAUUUUUUUUCUCAACGUUUCAUUUUAAAUUUAUGUUUUAUAUUUUCUUUAAAAGUUUUUCUAAUGAUCAGAGCGUACUUUGGAGCCGGAAGACAAAGAAGAAGAAAAAAAUUUUGCUUCAAUUUUUUUUUCAAUUUUAACAAAUAGAACGGUCCAGGGCAAUGAAUUCAUUUUUUUUAGGCGAAGAUGUCUUUGCCGAUUUGGUUGAUGGAAGCGAAUCAAACUCGGUGGCCGGAGUCUUGAAACUUUAUCUGAGAGAACUCCGCGAACCGAUCUUCCCGAUAUUCCUCUUCGAACAGUUUUGCAACUGCGCUCAGGCUACAACUCCAGCUGAGUUCAUAUGCCAGGUCAGUUGAUUUUAAAGCUCUUUUCACCCAAAAAGAUUAAUUCAGACGCGAGAACUCGUCUCGAAACUCCCUCUCUCACACGUUCUUCUCCUGCGUUUCCUGUUCUCUUUCCUUUCCCAUCUGUGUGAAUUCGCCGACGAGAACAUGAUGGAGCCGCCGAGUAUGGCAAUUUGCUUCGGGCCGACCCUUUUGCCCAUUCCCGAGGGCAAGGAUCAGGUAAUGACUGUUUUUUAGUCAUUUAUGAAGGAUUUAAAAAAAUCAGUUCAAAAGAUUUGGCUUUUUGAAAUACUAGACGGUACAUUUUUGAGACUUUUACAUAUUGAAUUAAUAAUUUUGUUAUGCAUCUGAAGUAAGUUUAGUAUUUUCGAUUUCUCAAAAUUAGGACAAGAUGUUUCCGAUAAAUUUGUAUAGCAAGAGGUUCGUAGAAGGUUAUCGAACAAGUUUUAAGAAAUUGCAAUUACUUUUAAAGUCACCUAGAUAGGUUGGACGUGCGAAAAUAUAAAAGUGGUCGUAGCCCACGUCAGCCAUCUUUUCUCACAAGAAAAGUUUCAAAUUUUACAGGUUUUCUACCAAAACUACGUCAACAAGUUGGUGCAGUACCUGAUCAUUCACGCGGACGAAGUCUUUCCGCGAGAUCUUGCCGGCCCGGUUUACGACAAAUACGCAUUGCAAGUGCCGAACGACGCCGAAGAACUGGGCUACAUUGAGGAUGGGUUCGUCGAUUUUGUUAUUGAUCUUCAUUUUUUCAUAGAUUGCUUUUUAGCUGUUUUGAAACAUGACAAAGGUUCUGAAACAGGUUUUGACACAAAACGUAAAGUUUGAUACUCAGCUGAGAACGCUUCCCUAGGAUUUUAAUAAUCGCACUGGAAUGAAUGACAAGUGUGAAAUUUCAGAGAGCCGAUGUCCGACGACGAAGAAAACCAUGGUCAUCUGAUCAACGACGGCAAGGCCCAACAGUUGGGCCUUCUGCGCGCCGACGCCAACCACAACCACCAUCAGAACGGCGUUCAGUCGAUGCUCGACUCCACCUACGACACCGACAUGACGUCGUCUUCGACGGCGAUGAUAGCCAUGAACGAACAGCCGACGUCGUCGCACUCCUCUCCGCGCGAUCGCAACGACCUGGACAGUCAGCCGCCCAGCGUCUCCAGUCGCUCUUCGAACCGAUCUUCCAAUCUCGACAACUACUUCCGCAGAAUGUCGGAGGAUACCAACGGCGUCAGCUCGGUCAAGGUCGAAAUGCAGCAUCGGCUGGCCAACGAACUCAGCGCCAUGUUCAAACACGAUCGCACGUCUCCGGCGAUGGCUAUUCUCAGGUUUGUCUAAUCAAUAUUUGAAGAUUUGAGAACAAGAAAACACGUCUUGAAUGCAUAAACAUUGUUCUGUUCUCGGUCUAAAAGAAGGCAAAAAUUAUUUUACUCGUCCCUUAACCUUUUUUUGACCGCGACGACUUUCAGACACUCAAACGCCGCUCCUCUCUGGGAAUCGAACGAAGCAGUGCACGAAGAGCGUGACUAUGUAUCCCCUCCUGCUCUCAUCUCGGCCCAACUCGCCUCGACGUCUUCUGACCGCUUCCUCCGCACGUCUUCAAAGCCCGUCGCUCCCAGCAACGACUACCACGAAAUCGACGCUCUUGAAGACGUCGUCGCAAUGACGACGGACCAUGAUCGCUUCGGAAAGUACUCUUCGGGACGCGACUUGUACGCUCCGAUCCAACCUCGAGCCACCACGAUGCCUCCCGUCACGGCCACUGUCUCUCAAAGUUCCAUCGCCUCCAGCUCCAAUUCAGUUGCUGGCACCACUUAUGGAGGUUCUCAUCGUCCGAAUUACUGAUUUCAAGUAGAAAUUUCAGUCCGAAUGGUCGGAAAACCUUCGCUGCGAGACCAGCUUCAAAUGAUUCGCAAAGAAAAGUGCAACGGACGAGAGGACGGAAAGAUCUUUGCAACGUUUAAAAAUAAUAGUUUCUGAAGAAAAUUACAUUGCUGUUUACAGAAAUGAGCCAAACUUUGGCCGAAAAACCAGCCAAGACACGAUUGUUCUUGAUGCUCGCGGUAGUAUCGACUCCAGGUUGAACCGAAACUUUUUUUAAAAGUUCAAUUAAUUUUUCAGUAAUUCUGGCAACUCCGAUUUGAUCCGAAAAAUGCCGUUUGACGGCAACAAGAAAGGCUCCGUCGACCAGUUGACGACUUCUUCAGAAUCUCCAUCUCCUACUUUGCCGCCUGCUAUUUCUGCCACUUCUGAUCAUAUCAAUAUUUUGAGGUAUAUAUUUUCUAAGAAACUUGCUGGGUUUUUUUCUAUAAAAGCGAGGUGAACCUCCUGAAGGUCCCGAAACGAAAAGCCCUUUUUCAAAUUUCUGGUCAAAAAUCACUCAUUUCUAGCCUUCUAGAGGUUUUUUCUUUAAAAAAGACUUUUAAUGAUUUUCAUGGCGAUCCCCAUUGUACACAUGACAAAAUAAGACAUUUUCACUUUUGGAACUGACCAAUAUUUAAUUUUAAUACUUUAAAAGGCAAGGGGCGUUGAAAAGAAACAUAAGAUGGACAAAAAUGUCGAAGAAAAGAGAAUUCGAUUUUCUUUAGCAAGUUCCGAAAAUUUUGAUUCAAGCGGACAUAUAACAAGGAUGUUCUUACAGAAACAACGACCAGCCUGACGUCAUCUCUUCGUCGAAGCCGCGCGCGAUAUCGCCAACCCUCGAAGAAAUGGUCGCCGUUUUCAAUGCCACUCGCCUCGAUUAA